CACGACACACCACCAACUCCCCAUUGCUCACUUUCUGGCCGUCCUUCUUCGCGACGCAACGCAAUUGACUGACAUUUGCGCGGGGAUGGUCUGGGUGCGUUUGCGGGAAAUUAUGGGACGGUGUGAGUUGUUUUAUUCGGUUUCUUUUCGUUGCUCUUUUGCGGAGAUGGUACAUAAGGGUUGGGUGCCUCCAGAUAGUGUGAUAUCGAGUCCUAUUUAGAACUACAGUAUAUAUCCACAUUCGAACAUCACCGUCGAGCCAAGUGCUUCGUUUUCCGUGUAGUAAAUCGACUGUUAUUAUUGCGACUCUUCGACUCCCAUUGGACCAUUCAGCAAACAAUAGAGUCCCUUCACGUCGUGUACCCAAGAGACCAUUUCCAUCGUCAUACACCCAUCCAAACAUCACCAAAAAGAUACCCAAACCAACAACGUCACCAUGGCACCUCUCCCCCGCCGACCAAUGCAAUACUUCAGCCGCAAAGACCUCUACACCAACCUCGAAGUACGCAUCCAAUACCUUCACUCCUUCCUCGACUUCAGUUCCCGCGACAUCGAGGCCCUCAUAAGCGGCGCAAAGUACAUCAAAGCCCUCAUCCCCGCCAUCGUCAACAUCGUCUACAAGAAACUCCUCCAAUACGACAUCACAGCGCGGGCGCUCGAGACGCGCUCGACGUCCUUCGAGGGCCCGCUGGACCCGAACCUCAACGAGUACUCCCCGCAGAUCAUGCACCGCAAGAUGUUCCUGCGGGGUUACCUGAAUAAGUUGUGUAGUGAUCCCAGUCGGAUGGAGUUCUGGGAAUACCUCGACAAAGUCGGCAUGAUGCACGUCGGACAAGGCCGCGUGCACCCCCUCCACGUCGAAUACGUGCACAUCGGCGUGACCCUCUCGUUCAUCCAAGACGUGCUCACCGAGGCCAUCCUGUCCCACCCGCGUCUCAAGAUGGACAAGAAGAUCGCGCUCGUCAAGGCGCUGAGCAAAGUCAUCUGGAUCCAGAACGACCUGUUCGCCAAAUGGUACGUCCGGGACGGGGAGGAAUUCGAGGACGAAAGGCUCGUGCCGGAGAUCGAGGCCGAGGGAUAUCUGCAUGGGAAGAAGGUGGUGCAUGAUGGGAGCGAGAGCGAGAGUGAGAUUGAGGAUGCGGCGAGCGCGAAGGGGAGUUGUCCGUUCAAGGGGCUCGCGAUGAGUAGUGCGAGUAUGGGGAGGAGGAGUCCUCCCAGGAGGAGUAGCCAGGAGGAGGGGGAGAAAAAGGCGGAGGAGAAGGCGCCGGUGAAUUCGUCGAUACCCGUUCCUGAGGCGCAUCCGAAUAUCCCAGCGGGCGCGACGAAGUGUCCGUUCGGUGCGACGGCGACGCUUCCUACUGAGGGAGUCGCACACUGAUAUACUCCUUACGAAGACCUGGGGGAAGUACACUAACUUUCCCUGGCGAGCAUUAUACCUUUCUAUUCUUUCCAUUCUUUUUAUAUCUUUUGCUCUAUUUCAUCAUAUUCUGGACAUGAUAUCGCAUGGAAUCUCACGGCACGGCAUGGCAUGGCACUGGAGUUAUCAAUACUAUCUUUCUUCCUUUCCCUUCUCUAUGUAUGUACAGAUCUAUACAUAAUCAAACUACCUACUACACAACGUUUCCACACAAACACAUACUCUAGCUCCGCAGGGGUAUACGAUAGCAAUUGACGUCUCGAGAACAGGUCAAGUAGAGAAGCCCUAAUGAGUUGAUUGUGAUAUCCAUGAAACGAC